UAGUACAUGUCACUGUGAUUUACUAGUGCGAUUCUAUGUACUAAUGUUCACAUAACCGAGGACAGCAUAAUUAUAGCCAUCACGCUACGCCUAUCCGAAUGGCUUUCAUUAGAAGUUCGCUCCGAAAUAAUAAUAAUGACAUACCGACUAUAAAAAAACAAAACGUCUUUUUUAUUCGCAGAAAUAAUAACGUCCAGAUUCUUUUUGAGGAAGGACUGUGCGAGUUUAUGACGUUUUGUGAAUUUUUAUGUCCAUUAUAGCUUGGCGUGGUAAGAAAAGUUCUUUAUAUUUGUCUAAUAGGACAAAAAUAGAGUGUAACCUCUCGUUGCCAUUCCAGACACACGCCGCUUCAAAGUUUCUCCUGUAUGUUUGAUAUCACAUCGCUAAUAACACACACUCCGAUUGCACAUGGCAAUAAACUCGCGUAAUGUUUUUACGACCAGAUGUUCCACGUAGAAUGAUGCUCCUUUUGUGGUUAAAUCUCGACCACUGAGAUUUCAUCAAAUGACCGGCAUGGUUUUUUUAAGUAGAUCUCUCUUGUAGGUAAUCGGUAGUGUUCCGGCAAGUUGUCUAAGAAAAAAGUAUAAAGAGCUGCUGCGUGUUGGAUAUGCAGUAUAUAUAUACGUAUAUAUAUCACUGUCAUCGCCUUGUGUAUUCGAUAUGCAUGGUAUCCAUUCGUCACACAAGUACUGGUACUGCCGCGGGACAAUAUGCAAGGACCCAGUGAUGUGAAUGUACUAGAAACGAGAACCAUUUAUAUUCCAGAGGAUUUAUCAAUAUUAUCGGACCACGAGAGUGUCAAAAAUAUCAAACAUCCAUCAAAGUGGGACAACCGGGAAUAAAAAUGUCCAAAGACGAAUCUAUGUCGGAUCUUCGGAUUAUCAUCACUAAAUUAUCGAAGCAAUGCAGACGGGAUUCCAACGGAGAUCUCAUACCGCUUAGCCAGCUGACAGAGGACAAAGUUCAUGAAUACAAAGAGGCUUUUAAUAUGUAUGACAAGGACCACGAUGGAAUCAUCUCUACUCAGAAGCUAGGGGCGGUACUGCGGGCACUGGGACACAAUCCAACCGAGAUUGAGAUGCAGGAAAUGAUUGACGAGAUCGACUCAGAAGAUACCGGCUCCGUUGACUUUGAAAGUUUUCUGGAUGUUGUCAUGAGUCGCGAUAUCGAUGACGAAGACCACGAGAGGGCGCUACGUGAGGCUUUUAAAAUGUUUGACAGAGACGGGAAUGGUUACAUUGAUGCUGAGGAACUGCGACUUUGUAUGAUGAACCUCGGGGAGAAACUUACACAAGAAGAAGUGGAGGAAAUGAUUCGAGAAGUAGAUGUUGAUUUCGAUGGAAGAAUGAACUAUGAAGAAUUCGUCAAGCUAAUGUGUACAAAGUACCCGCUGACAUAGUUACCAUGGUGAUCUCCAUAGUUACAAUUGUGAUCUUCAUUUAUUAACUCUUUGCCUCAGGAUCGGAUGUGAUACCUGUGAUACGUCAUCUGUUGCGUCACCAAUUGCAUAUGACGUCAUAAUAUGACAUUAUUUUAUGACGCGGUACAUUGCAAAUUAUGAGACUGAUCUGUUUGCAUUGAGCCGCUAUCUCACAUGGUUCGAUACGGGUCACGUGAUAUUGACAAUAGCAAUCGAAUGUUAGUAGUCUUCUAACAUAUAUGGUGUGUUUUGCUGCAAAGGAUACGAUGAUAAACAUUUCCUUCAUAUGAACUGUCCUUCAACUGACGAAAUAGUCACUCAUUCACAAGCUACACACUUGGAGUAUUCAUGGGAGAAUGAUAUUUUCUCAAACUGUACCUACGAUUUUUAUACCAGAGUAUGUUAGACGCACAUGCUUGAAAUACAAGAACGUUUUGUCAAAAGGUAUAUGGUUACCCAAACACGUACAUAUUGUGAUAUAUAAAGAUAGUAUGUUUAAUGUACAUGCAACCUGGUAUGGAACAUUUUUGUUCACGGACAGAAAAAAAACCUUAUUGUGUUGAAUUAUAUCUCAGAUAUGUAGAUCAGAUACCAUCAAUGCUUCUUUAAGUAAGAUUACGAAUUAUACAUCCUUAAACAUGCUACCAGGCUACACUUCUUGUCCCAAAAAUUGACUCUCAAGAUUUAGAAUCUAAAAAAAUUGAAGAGAAUUGAUAGUGUAAUAUCUAUAUUGCGGUAUUGUUUAAAUUGUUACAACAUAUUCUUGUUUUAAAUCAAUCGUAUUAUCCUUUUUGUCGGAGAUUUACUAUUUUACUUAAGAUUUAACCAGUACAAAUGUAUAUUUAUACAAAUGCGCAAAUUAACAGAUGAAACAAUUUAUAAUUAAAACAUGCUUACGUGAUUACCGAAAUAAUGGGAUUUUAAGAAGUUUAUCCUGGAACGAGUUAUAAUGUCAUGAAGCACAAAGCCAUUUAAAAUAUGUUACGUCAGAAAACAUGCAGCGUGUUUAGAGAACUGGUAAAUGAGUAUGUUAGAUUAAAUAGGUGAUUUUUUUUAUAUAUAAUAUCGCAGAACAUGUCAAAUUUAAAUUUCAGCGUCUACUUCUCUUCAACUAAGCUGGUAUCGAAUCUACAUGUGGAUUUGUAACGUUAACAAAAGCCUUAAAUGUACGAAAAGGGAAUGCUACCCGUUAGUUAUAGUAGAGUUAGAUAUACGCUGUCUAAGUAGCUGGCACAACAUUAACGUCAGUAUGACAUAUAUCGCGGGAGAUUCAGCCAAGACCGAUGCCCACACGUUUGUUUUCGUGUGAGGAAUUCCAGAACAAAGGGUAAUGCGUGAAUGAUUCUAUAGUUAGUGACAACUGUGAAACACAGUUACAUUAAUAUCACAUCUAUACUGAAAUUUAUCUAUGCAUGGGUUGUAGAAGUUCACCUUCAAUGGCCAGUUUAUUAUAAUCUUAUCUUUAGAUAGAUAAAGUAUCUACUCUUUUGGCGGUUUCAUUUCAACCACUGGUUGUUAAAUCCAUAAACACCCAUUGUUUUAUCAACACCCUUUUUUAUAAACAAAUAUUGUUUAUUGACAACCAAUUGUUAUAAACGCAUAAUGUUUAUAAACACUAAUUGUUUUAUCAACACAUAUUGUUUAUAAACACCCAUUGUUGUAAACACAUAUUGUUUAUUGAUACCAAUUGUUAUAAACGCCUAAUGUUAUAAAGACCGAUUGUUUUAACAACACUCUUUGUUGUAAACACAUAUUGUUUGUAAACACCCAUUGUUGUAAACAUAUUGUUUAUUAAUACCCAUUGUUUAUAAUUGUUUAUAAACACCCAUUGUUUAAUUACAUCCAAUUAAACUGUUAUGGUUAUUUUGUAUUUAUAAUGAAGUUUAUCAUAUAUAUAUAUACAACAUAGUUUACCCUUAUUAUUUGAAUGUGAUUUUGAGAGAAGAAAGAAUUUGUUAGAUUGUCAUAUACCAAGCACCCACAUCAUGUUAGUCCCUCUGUGAUUUUUUCUAUACUUAUCAAGUUCCGAUUUUGAAAAUUCAGAAGACGGCACGACGGAUUUAGUGUUUCUUGUGAGAUUAUGUGUCAAAAACUUUUGAUUUUAGCGAGACAAUUGACAAUUUCAGUAAAAUCAAAAUAAUACGAGCAAUGAAAACAGUGUAACAUCAAUGAAAACACAUUUGAAUUGUUUCCAAAUACGUUACCAUAUGAUAUAUAUAUAACUACUCGUAUUUCUAUUUUCACAUUACUGCAUUCCCCAUAUAUAUCGAGGUCCUAUGGUUUCGUUCAACUUGUAAUAAGGAAUCCUACGUUAUGUUGUUUUUUUGUUUGUUUUUUUUUCAAUUAUAUUGAAAAUAUGUUUGUGAUUCUGAAUCAACUUUCAAAUUUUGUGGAAAUGUGAGUUUGUUGUCUUAGCACAUGUGUAUCUACAUGUAUUAUCUUAUGUUGACAAUCACAACGACUAUCUUAUGCAAAAUACAUGGUAUACAUAUAUUUAGCUAUAGCGAUAUAAUUCUAUUUAAACAUACAUAUACACUAUGAUAAUCAAGUUUGUCAUUAUUUAGUUAAUAGAUUGUAAAAAUUCAUUGUCGGAUAGAAGUUUACGCUGUGUGAAUAGUAUUUCAAGAUUGAAACUGUGUGUUUAUAAGAAACACCCCAAUCAUAAUCAUUAAGCGAUGAAAGAAAUUGAGAAAAUGUUCAAAAGUGUAUAUAAUAUAAUUAUAUUGUGUAGGGGCAUAUGAAUUAACUCAUUUUCAAAAUGAAGGAGGUGUAUAUGUAUUUGAAUUCGUUAAUUUUAUAUCUUACCCUAGUGUGCCGAAUCCAUUUGCUCAGCCCUUUGUUGUUAACUACCGACAAGAGAGAAGUACUAGUAUAUUGUUAGUUUGAUUUUGAUAAGAAACACUGGUGGAUAGAGACCCCGGACCACCAGUCUAGUACCCCUGUGUAUUGAAUUUUACAUUGUUUGUUACUUAUUGCAUUAUUCACAAAAUGUCUUACAAUCCAAUCAGUCACGUGAUCUUGCAAUCUUGAAAAUAUCUAUGAAUUAAGUUUUGCUUUAUUUCUAAAUAACACUCAAAACCUUUUAUAUUAUCAAAUCUUUUCGCCACAUUUUUGUAAAGAUUUUAAGUGAUUUAUUUGCUCCUUUUGUACUUUCUGUUGUUUUUUAAUUGUCUAGAGCAUCACGUGACUUCUUUUUUUCUAUUCAGGGGCUUUGCAGGUAAUUCAGUGGCAGUGAUAAUCUUUUUAAACUUUCCCUCACACACCCUAUCUAAUCUCAAAUGUUAAAUGUUCUAAUGUAUGUUUAAGACGUUUUUAGUACAUUUUGACUAUUUUAAGUAUAAGAUUUACCCAUCGUAUUAUGCCAAUAGUCUUUAUAUAAAUAUUAUUGAUUUAUCUUUUAAACAAUUACGAUUUAAACGUCCUUGUUUAUAUGAUGAGUUAGACUUUAACCAUUUUUAUUUAAAUUCUAGCUCGAAUUUUAAACACAUUUAAUCCUGACUGAUAUUUCUGUGUUUUGUACUGAAUUUGAAUUGGUUAAUCACACUGAUUUCUAAACAAGAUGUUAACAUCCUUGUGAACAAAUAUCGGAAGACGUUUGACAAUCCCUGGCUUGCUACGUCAGAUAUUUCGUUUUACGACUAUAACCAAUCUUACAGAGUAAUGGUUUACUCAGAACUCCUCUUGUCAAAUUUCACUUCACCAUUCUUACAGUUUCACUUGAUAUUUGUAUGAUUUUACAUAAACAUUAAAAUCAGAUUCAUUAGCC